AUGACCCCCCUCGACCGCCCUCUGGCCCGCCCAUGGUAUGAAGACUAUUCGGAGGAAGAGAUUGAACGCGAUGAAAACGAUGAAAUAAUUAUACCCCGGCACAGAGUCCUUGACUUGUAUGAGCUCCUCGGUGUCGAUAACAAAGCGACUCAAGACCAGAUCAGAGCUGCCUAUAAGAAGAAGGCGCUAAAGCAUCAUCCUGACAAGGCACCCCCGAGCAAAAAAGAAGAAGCAAACACCAAAUUCCAACAGAUCGCCUAUGCCUACGCCGUCCUUUCCGAUGAACGUCGCCGCGAGAUAUUCGAUCGCACCGGUAGCACAGAGGAAGCCUUGCAAGAAGAUGAUGGAUUCGACUGGAUGGAGUUCUAUCGAGAGCAGUUCGCGACCGCCAUCGACGUCGAUGCGAUCGACAAGCUCAAGCAGGAAUACCAGGGGUCCGAGGAAGAGGUCAACGAUAUACUGCAGGCCUAUGAACUUCACCGGGGCGAUAUGGAUAGAAUCUACGAGUCGGUGAUGCUGUGUAAUGUCAUUGAUGAUGAUGAGCGAUUUCGUGUUAUCAUUGACUCGGCUAUUGCGGAUGGAAGGGCCCAGGAGUACAAGAAAUAUACAGAGGAGCCGGUCAAGAAGCGUCAAGCCAGAUUGAAGCGGGCACUGAAGGAAGCGAAGGAGGCGGAACAAUUGGGCAAGGAGAUCGAGGAGAACAAGUCUAAGACGGGUAGGAAGAACCAAGGGGGGAGGAAGAAGAAGGGUGGCCCCGAGGACGUGGGUGACUUGGCUGCGAUGAUUAAACAGCGAAACCUCUCCCGUCUUGACGUCCUCUGUCAUCAACUGGAGGAGAAGUAUGACGUGGACAGUAAGCUUAACCCUCUGGAGCCGAGGAGGAAGCGGAGGUCGAGUCCUCCUGAGGAGGCCUUCAAGGCUAUGGCUGCGCGUGGGGAGAAAAAGAAGAAGCAGAAGAGGACCAAGGGGUGA